CGGCAGCGGCGGCAGCCGGGGCUCGGCUGUCGGGGGAAGCUACUGAGCUGUGAUGGUGAUGACGAGGUGAAAAUGGCGGAUCUUUCGAAAUACAAUCCCGGCCCCUGACAUACCAGAGGCGGUGGCCGCGGCGACAUCGCUUCCCCGGCUCCCUCCUGGCUGCCCGGGUAUUCUGUAGAGCUCCUUUUCGGGCAAACUGGGAAAGGAAGCAGCUGGACAGAGCUCCGUGCACAGGCAAAACAAGCACUGCCCGGACUCGGAAUUGCCCGGGACCUUCUGGAGCCCGCUCCUCAGAGCCGGAGGGUGGAGAAAGCGGCAGCCUCUGGAGCACCCAGGCAUCUUCCUAGAAGCAGAGCGAUCAUGGAGGUGGUGCCGGCUGAGGUGAAUAGUUUGCUUCCAGAGGAGAUAAUGGACACUGCUAUAACUUUAGUGGAUGAGGAUAGUAUUGAGGCUGUAAUUGUGUCAUCCCCAAUUCCCAUGGAGACAGAACUGGAAGAAAUUGUCAACAUAAAUUCUACUGGUGACUCUGCAGCCAUCUCCACGGAACCAAUCACAGUGUACAAUACCCACACUAACCAAGUUGCAGUGAAUACCACAGUUACUAAAGCAGAGUCUAAUACCACAGUGAAACCAGCAUUUCCGAGUGGCCUUCAAAAGCUUGGUGCUCAGACUCCUGUGACUAUAUCAGCCAAUCAGAUUAUUUUAAACAAAGUCUCACAGACAUCUGAUCUUAAACUUGGCAAUCAGACCCUUAAACCAGAUGGACAGAAGUUAAUUUUAACAACUUUGGGCAAGUCUGGCUCACCAAUUGUUUUAGCACUACCCCAUAGCCAACUACCCCAGGCUCAGAAAGUUACAAAUCAGGCUCAGCCAGGAGAUGCUAAGUUACCACCGCAGCAAAUUAAAGUAGUUACCAUUGGAGGGAGGCCAGAGGUGAAACCUGUCAUUGGUGUCUCAGCAUUGACCCCAGGAAGUCAACUGAUUAAUACUACAACUCAGCCCUCUGUGUUACAGACCCAACAGUUAAAAACAGUACAGAUUGCUAAGAAGCCUCGAACACCAACCUCUGGUCCAGUGAUCACGAAGCUCAUUUUUGCAAAACCAAUUAAUAGUAAAGCAGUCACCGGACAGACAACUCAAGUGUCACCACCAGUCAUCACAGGUAGGGUUCUUUCCCAGUCUACUCCUGGAACUCCAUCAAAGACCAUGACAAUAUCAGAAAGUGGUGUUAUUGGAUCAACUUUAAAUUCUACAACACAGACACCAAAUAAGAUAGCCAUCUCACCUUUGAAGUCACCAAAUAAGGCAGUGAAAUCAGCUGUGCAGACCAUCACUGUUGGAGGGAUGAGCACAUCACAGUUUAAGACCAUCAUUCCUCUGGCAACUGCUCCCAAUGUUCAGCAGAUCCAAGUGCCUGGAAGCAAGUUUCAUUAUGUCCGACUUGUUACCGCCACAACAGCCAGUAACUCAGCCCAGCCAGCGAGUCAGAGUCCCAGUGUAAACACUCAGCCUCUUCAGCAAGCAAAACCAGUGGUUGUUAAUACAACCCCCGUACGGAUGUCCGUUCCAUUUGUCCCAACGCAGGCCGUUAAACAAGUUGUUCCAAAACCAAUGAAUUCAACUUCACAAAUAGUAACUACUAGCCAGCCACAGCAACGGCUCAUCAUGCCUGCCACACCACUGCCUCAGAUCCAGCCCAACCUCACUAACCUUCCUCCAGGUACCGUGCUGGCCCCAGCUCCAGGAACAGGGAAUGUGGGCUACGCAGUACUUCCUGCUCAGUACGUCACUCAGUUGCAGCAGUCUUCAUAUGUAUCUAUAGCAAGCAACUCUAAUUUUACUGGAACAUCUGGUAUCCAGACACAGGCAAGGCUUCCAUUCAAUGGCAUAAUCCCAUCAGAGUCUGCCAGUCGGCCCAGAAAGCCCUGCAAUUGUACAAAGUCACUGUGCUUGAAAUUGUACUGUGAUUGCUUUGCAAAUGGUGAGUUUUGCAACAACUGUAAUUGUACCAAUUGUUACAACAAUUUGGAACAUGAAAAUGAAAGACAAAAAGCAAUAAAGGCAUGCCUUGAUAGGAAUCCGGAAGCCUUUAAACCGAAGAUAGGGAAAGGAAAAGAGGGAGAGUCUGACCGGCGGCAUAGCAAAGGGUGUAAUUGCAAGCGAUCAGGGUGUCUGAAGAACUACUGUGAGUGCUAUGAGGCAAAAAUAAUGUGUUCCUCAAUCUGCAAAUGCAUCGGCUGUAAGAAUUUUGAAGAAAGCCCAGAACGGAAGACCUUGAUGCACUUAGCAGAUGCAGCUGAAGUGAGGGUCCAGCAACAGACAGCAGCCAAGACCAAGCUGUCCUCUCAGAUCUCAGACUUGCUGACGAGGCCAAGCCCAGCCCUGAACAGUGGAGGAGGAAAAUUGCCAUUUACAUUUGUAACUAAGGAAGUAGCUGAAGCCACGUGUAACUGCCUCCUUGCCCAGGCAGAGCAGGCAGACAAGAAGGGGAAGUCAAAGGCAGCGGCAGAGCGGAUGAUACUGGAGGAGUUUGGACGGUGUCUGAUGAGCGUCAUCAGCUCUGCAGGGAAAGCCAAAAGUGACCCUUGUGCCAUGCACUGCUAGCCCUGCACAAAAGACGCACAUGGACUGUACAGAAACUUAAGGUGCCGGAACACUUGAUUUUCUAGAAGAUAGUUUAAUAAUUACUGUAUUUUAAUUCAGCCCUUGUUUUAAGAGACCUGAAGCUAUAAUAUUGAAUGAGAAGAAAUUUUAAGUGAAGAAAUUAGUACAUUUUAAAUCUUAGUUAAUUCUGCCUAUGUCCCUUCUAAAUUUUUUUCUUUAAAUAUUUUUCCUUUAUUGUAUUACAUAUUUUUUUAAUUUGCUUGGGUUUCUUAACAAUUAGAUGUUCUGUCCUUCUGAUUCCAUUGACAAAGUACAUUCAUAAAUUAUUGUAAUAUCAUUUAUAAUGUAUGUUGUAUGACUUUGUUCAGUAGAAAAGGCCAAAGCAGCUGCCCAUUCUCUGGCUCCAGACCCAUAGUAUUCACAGUAGAAUGUCCACACCAUAGUACUCACAGGUAGAAUGUCCACAUACCCAGAUUCUUAAUGAAACAGAACAUUUUGUCUAGAAAAACACCAUCCUUUUAAAGAAAGAAAAAAAAUCAGCUUUUUUUGGGUGAAUUCUGGAAUGCAACUGUCUAUUGUCUCUGGGAAAUCAGAAGGGGAAACAAUCCCAAUCACACUUUUCCGAUACACAAGUUGUAUUUUCUUUAAAGAAAACACAAUAUGAAGGGACAGAUGGAUGGGCAGUGUGUCUCUGUGAUGAGGAGUGGCUAACAGGUUCUGGGAUGUCUUCACUUUCUUUGAAGGAGGUCGUGUGUUUUAUAAUAAUUGUCAAAGUCAUUAUGGAUAAGUACUAAAAGGAGAGAUCGUGUGAAUUGAAGAAAACAUUUUAUGCCAAGAUAAUGUAGGACUCAUAAUCAUCAAGUACAGAAUUUGACUUGGAUGGAGAAGCAAGGAUACAAAGCUGUGAGAUUAUGUAUGAAGCUUUUAUCCACACAGUUCUCUGUAUCUAGACUUUUGGAACUAAGUUUGAAUCAAUAUGUUACCUGAUUUAAUGAACGGGCAUCCUAGCAGCUUUCACAGUUGUCGUGAGCUCUUUUUAUAAAGGCAGUUUAAUACAGCAUUGUUUUAGCCAGUGAUUUGGUAGGCUGAAGUAUGUGUGUUCUCAUAAUUGCACAAGUAACCUAAAUCAUUUUCAGUAAUUAAAAACUGUAUGCUCUUAGGAGCCUAUUGUAAUAGAACUUUUGAGUUUAUAACAGGGAAAAACUAUGUUGGAAUUUAGGCAUUUUGUAAGAUACCUUAAUCCUUGGUAACUAUUAGCAUAUGCUUAUUACCCUCCUCCAAGGGUUCUAUAGUUGUAUGUAGUAAAUGUGUAUAUAUGUUCAUAUGAACCUGAAAGGUAUAGGUAGUAGAAAUUAAAUGCACAGAGGAUUCCGUUAUUCCAUUAAAGUCCUCUUUUUAAAAUGUGGGUUUAUAAAUUAUAGUGCAGUAACUUUAAAUGUAGAUAGUGCAGACAUUCUUAGCACCUCAGUCUAGUGUGUCAAGGUAAAGUUUGUAUAAAUGUAAAUUAGUCUAAAAGGACAAAAUAAUAUUCAUCAAGUUAUUUUUCAAAAGACUGCAAUAAGUUUUUGGUCUAAACCUAAACUUUGUUCAUUUUGUAUAUAUUAUGUGUUAAUUCUAAUUGCACCAUUGUGAUGUGUAUUUAUAUACAGUGUGCACAAAAUGUCUGUGAAUUUUUGAUUAUAAUUGUAGAUUAUGUAUGAUGGCAUUGCUUAAGAAUGUUUUGCUUGUAAAAACUUGAAGGUGCAAUCAAAUGCUACUAGUUUUGAUUUUUCAGAAGCUCUCUGAAGUAUCAAGCCCUUCCUUCCUGUCUGGUACUCACUAAACAACCUUUUGUAUUAGGCAUUUGCAUCAAAUUGCUGAAAAAAAGUUAAUAGCCACAUUAAUUCACCAAUUUUAAAAGAUUUGGGGAGGGUUCGGUACAUAAUUUUUAAGCCCUAUUUACAUCCCAAAGUAGAAAGAUUAUAUUACUAGAGCUAUUCAAAAAGUACACUUUUCUAUAUUGUAAAAACAGGGCAGAAGAAUAAAUCAUACAGAAAAUAAACAUUUAUACUAUUCUGUAAGAAAAAAA